AUGUCUGCCCAAUUAUCUUUUGAUUUUUCAAAGGAGCAUCCCCAAGAAUUAUUAAUCGCCAACAACUUGAAAUUGACUAUUGCUUUAGAAUUCAAAACAAAGGAUUUGAAGUUAAGUGUUAAUGAAGAUUUAAAGACUCCCUCUUUGUCGAUCAACGAUCAAUUCAGAUUAUUUAACACAGACGCUAUUUUAAGAUAUGCUUUGAACGACUUCGAGGGCUUGAAUGUUGAGGUCUCUUCAAUUGACUUUAAUGCGUCAGUCACUGCUUCCAAGUUGAUCAGUUUUGCCAAUCAGUAUGCAAAGAACUACAGAAAAACUACUAAAUUGGUUGAUUCUAUCGCUAACGCGGAUGUUAAAACUAAAAUCCAAAGCGCUAUAUCUAAGGCCUCAUCUUUAGUUCCAAGAGAUUUAUCUCAUUUGAAAAAUACUGGUAAUCAAAAUAUAUUGGCUGGUGUUGAGGUUAAAAAAGUUCCAACAGACAAAAAAAUCUUACCAACCGAUGGUGAGAGAAAUAUUUUAAUUACUUCUGCGUUGCCAUACGUUAACAACGUUCCACAUUUAGGUAAUAUUGUUGGUAGUGUUCUAUCAGCCGAUAUUUAUGCUCGUUACUGUAAAUCAAGAAACUAUAAUACUUUAUUUAUUUGUGGUACCGAUGAGUACGGUACCGCUACUGAAACUAAAGCCUUGGAAGAAGGUGUUAGCCCAAGAGAGCUAUGUGACAAAUACCAUAAGAUCCACAGCGACGUUUACAAAUGGUUUCAAAUUGGAUUCGAUUAUUUUGGAAGAACCACCACCGACAAACAAACUAAAAUUGCUCAAGACAUUUUCAUGAAGUUAAACGAAAAUGGUUUCUUAGAAGAACAAUCUAUGAAACAGUUAUACUGUCCUGAACAUAACUCCUACUUAGCUGAUAGAUACGUAGAAGGUGAAUGUCCAAAAUGUCACUACAAUGAUGCUCGUGGUGAUCAGUGUGAUAAAUGUGGCUCUUUACUAGAUCCUUUCGAAUUAAUCAACCCACGUUGUAAAUUGGAUAACGCUUCUCCAAUUCCAAAGUUCUCUGAUCAUAUUUUCUUGUCACUGGAUAAGUUAGAAGGUGAUAUUAGUAAAUGGGUCGAAAAGGCAUCCACUGAAGGUAAGUGGUCUAAGAAUUCGAAGACCAUCACACACUCUUGGUUAAAAGAUGGUUUACACCCUCGUUGUAUUACAAGAGACUUGGUAUGGGGUACUCCAGUUCCUCUUGAAAAAUACAAAGAGAAAGUUCUAUAUGUUUGGUUCGAUGCCACUAUUGGUUACGUUUCCAUCACAGCCAAUUACACUGAUGAUUGGGAAAAAUGGUGGAAGAAUCCAGAAAAUGUCGAUUUAUAUCAAUUCAUGGGUAAGGAUAAUGUUCCUUUCCAUACUGUUAUUUUCCCAGGUUCUGAAUUAGGUACUAACGAACCAUGGACUAUGUUACAUCAUUUAAACACGACUGAAUAUUUACAAUAUGAAGGCGGUAAGUUCUCUAAGAGUAGAGGCGUCGGUGUAUUUGGUAACAAUGCAGAAGAUUCUGGUAUUCCACCAAGUGUUUGGAGAUACUAUUUGGCUUCUAUCAGACCAGAAACGAGUGAUUCGCACUUUUCUUGGGAUGAUUUUGUCACUAAAAAUAAUAGUGAGUUGUUAGCAAAUUUAGGUAACUUUGUUAACAGAUUGAUCAAAUUCGUGAACACUAAAUACAAUGGUGUUGUCCCAGAAUUUGAAGUUAAGAAUCUACCUGGCUAUGAUAACUUAAACGAUGACAUCAAUAAAUUGAUGUCAAGUUAUGUCACUGAAAUGGAAGACGCUCAUGAAAGACGUGGUUUAGAAAUCGCCAUGGCUUUAAGUGCUCGUGGUAAUCAAUUCUUACAGGACAAUAAAUUAGAUAAUGCACUAUUCUCACAACAUCCAAAUAAGUCGGAUGCUGUUAUUGGUGUCGGUUUGAAUAUAGUUUACGCAGUUGCUUCUUUGAUCUAUCCAUUUAUGCCAGAAACUGCAGAAACCAUAUAUAGAAUAUUAAAUGCUCCAGCAUUAAAAAUUUGUGACAGUUUCAACAUUGCUGUCUUAGGUGGUCAUCAUAUCAACCAAGCCGAAUACUUAUUUAAACGUAUUGAUGAGAAAAGUAUUGAAACUUGGAGAGAGAAAUAUGGUGGUCAGAAAUAA